AUGGAGGCAGCAGGCAACAGAAGACUACAGGGGGAGGCAGCAGGCAACAUAAGGGAGGCAACAGAAAACUACAGGGGGAGGCAGCAGGCAACAGAAAACUGCAGGAGGAGGCAGCAGGCAACAGAAAACUGCAGGAGGAAGGCAGCAGGCAACAGAAGACUACAGGGGGAGGCAGCAGGCAACAGAAGACUGCAGGGGAGGCAGCAGGCAACAGAAGACUGCAGGGGAGGCAGCAGGCAACAGAAGACUGCAGGGGAGGCAGCAGGCAACAGAAAACUGCAGGAGGAGGCAGCAGGCAACAGAAGACUACAGGGGAGGCAGCAGGCAACAGAAGACUACAGGGGAGGCAGCAGGCAACAGAAGACUGCAGGGGAGGCAGUAGGCAACAGGAGAUUGCAGGAGGAGGCAGCAGGCAACAGAAGACUACAGGGGAAGGCAGCACAACAGAAGACUACAGGGGGAGGCAGUAGGCAACAGGAGAUUGCAGGAGGAGGCAGCAGGCAACAGAAGACUACAGGGAAGGCAGCAGACAACAGAAGACUACAGGGGAAGGCAGCAGGCAACAGAAGACUACAGGGAAGGCAGGGCAGGGGAAGGCAGCAGACAACAGAAGACUACAGGGAAGGCAGCAGACAACAGAAGACUACAGGGGAGCAGGCAACAGAAGACUACAGGGGAGGCAGCAGGGAACAGAGGACUACAGGGGAGGCAGCAGGCAACAGAGGACUACAGGGGAGGCAGCAGGUAACAGAGGACUACAGGUGGAGGCAGCAGGCAACAGAGGACUACAGGGAGAGGCAGCAGGCAACAGAAGACUGCAGGGGAGGCAGCAGGGAACAGGAGACUACAGGGGAAGGCAGCAGGCAACAGAAGACUACAGGGAAGGCAGCAGACAACAGAAGACUACAGGGGAAGGCAGCAGACAACAGAAGACUACAGGGGAGGCAGCAGGCAACAGAAGACUACAGGGGGCAGCAGGGAACAGAGACUACAGGGGAGGCAGCAGGCAACAGAGGACUACAGGGGAGGCAGCAGGUAACAGAGGACUACAGGGGAGGCAGCAGGGAACAGAGGACUACAGGGGAGGCAGCAGGUACAGAGGACUACAGGCAGCAGGCAACAGAGGACUACAGGAGAGGCAGCAGGCAACAGAGGACUACAGGGGAGGCAGCAGGUAACAGAGGACUACAGGGAGAGGCAGCAGGCAACAGAGGACUACAGGUGGAGGCAGCAGGCCAGAGGACUACUGGGGAGGCAGGCAGAGGACUACAGGGAGAGGCAGCAGGCAACAGAGGACUACAGGUGGAGGCAGCAGGCAACAGAGGACUACUGGGGGAGGCAGCAGGUAACAGAGGACUACAGGUGGAGGCAGCAGGCAACAGAGGACUACAGGAGAGGCAGCAGGGAACAGAGGACUACAGGGAGAGGCAGCAGGCAACAGAGGACUGCAGAUGGAGGCAGCAGGCAACAGAGGACUACAGGGAGAGGCAGCAGGCAACAGAGGACUACAGGUGGAGGCAGCAGGCAACAGAGGACUACAGGAGAGGCAGCAGGGAACAGAGGACUACUGGGGGGAGGCAGCAGGUAACAGAGGACUACAGGUGGAGGCAGCAGGCAACAGAGGACUACAGGAGAGGCAGCAGGCAACAGAAGACUGCGGGGAGGCAGCAGGAACAGGAGACUGAAGAUGGAGGCAGCAGGCAACAGAAGACUGCAGGGGAGGCAGCAGGCAACAGGAGACUGAAGAUGGAGGCAGCAGGCAACAGAAGACUGCAGGGGAGGCAGCAGGCAACAGGAGACUGCAGGAGGAGGCAGCAGGCAACAGAAGACUAUAGGGGAGGCAGCAGGCAACAGAAGACUGCAGGGAGGCAGCAGGCAACAGAAGACUGCAGGAGGAGGUAG